AUGGGGAGAGCUACAAGAUGGUUGAAGGGCUUGUUGGGGAUGAAGAAAGAGAAAGACCAUGUUGGCAAUACAAGCACUACGUCUGGUGAUCGGAAGGAGAAGAAACGGUGGAGUUUUGCCAAGUCGGGGAAAGACACAAACAAUCUUCCACCAAAUGUUCCUGUCCCCGACUCUGCUUGGCUCAGAUCCUAUCUUGCUGAGUCAGACAAGGAGCAGAAUAAGCACGCAAUUGCGGUGGCUGCUGCCACCGCAGCUGCUGCUGAUGCCGCCGUUGCCGCGGCUCAGGCGGCUGUGGCGGUUGUGAGGCUGACAAGUCAAGGCGGUGGACUCAUGUUUGGAAAAAAAGAGAGAUGGGCUGCAAUGAAGAUUCAAACUGUUUUCAGAGGCUAUCUGGCACGAAAGGCACACCGGGCUCUUAGGGGACUGGUUAAGUUACAGGCUCUUGUUAGAGGCUAUCUUGUUCGGAAACGGGCUGCUGCUACUCUUCACAGUAUGCAAGCUCUUUUUAGAGCACAGACAACUGUCCGAUUCCAGCGAGCACGUCGUUCUUUCAAUAAAGAGAACAGAUUUCUACCUGAAAUCAAAGCCCGGAAGUCCGUUGAAAGAUUUGACGAUGCAAGAAGUGAAUUUUAUAGCAGGAGGCUAUCUGCAACUUAUGAAACUUCCAUUAAUGGCUUUGAUGAAAGCCCGAAAAUUGUGGAAAUUGAUACAUUCAAAACCAGAUCCAGGUCUCGUAGAUUCAACACCAUACUAUCUGAAUGUAGUGAAGAACUGCCUUACCAAACAAUCUCAUCACCACUUCCCUGUCCAUUUCCAACCCGUAUUUCUAUACCUGAUAGACAGCAGCCUCAAGAUUUUGAAUGGUGCUUUAAUGGUGACGAAUGCAAGUUCUCUACUGCCCACAACACUCCUCGGUUCACAAACUCUUUUCGAUCCAAUGCUCCCGAUACACCAGCCAAGAGUGUUUGUGGCGACAGCUUCUUUCGGCCUUACUCAAACUUCCCAAACUACAUGUCAAGCACUCAGUCAUUCAACGCAAAGUCAAGGUCCCACAGUGCCCCUAAGCAAAGGCCGGAACCAGGGCCGAAGAAGAGGCUUUCGCUUAAUGAAAUUAUGGCAGCAAGAAACAGCAUAAGCGGAGUUCGAAUGCAUCGAUCGUGUAAUCAAGUCCAAGAAGAAGAAGAGGAAGAAGUCUUGAAUUAUUGA